AUGAGAGUGUCAAAUGCCCGAUUAUUCGGCGCAACUAUGAGGUCGCUGAACGGCCCUGUGGCACCAUUUAAGUCUGAUAAGGCGCACAAUAAAGGGCCGGUCACCUUUGAUAGAAAUUUUCCUGUACACAGAAGGGUGAAGGCGUGGGAAAGAGAUAGAGAGGAUAAAGAAUCGUGGUUCAAACGCAAACACGCCCACCACCACGCGAAGCAGAAGAAGCGCGAGCCCCAAAGGGACGAAAAACCCGAGUUCUCUCGUUCGCAGGCACUCAGAAAGACAAUCUCGCAGCUGAAGUUGAACCCCCUGGUGGAGUACCUGUAUGGCAUGAAUCCUGUUCUUGCCGCCCUUAAAGCGAAGCAGCGGGAGAGCUUUGGUACUCUGUAUCUCCACAACCCCAAGUCCACUCCGAAGCUGGCUGAAAUCCUGGCACUGGCCCGCGAACUGGAGCUUCCGGUGAAAAGUGAGUACGGGAAGCAUGAUCUGAACCUUAUGACGAAGAACGGCGUCCACAACGGGAUCGUUGUUGAAACCAAGCCGAUCGAGGUGGAGCAGCUGCGGUGCUUGUUGGCGGCCGAAGUUGGAAAACUCACAGUCAUGAAAGAACACGUUGGAACGACCGAGAGCAGCGUUUCAUCCACUGCUGCCGAACGAUACCCGUUGGUACUGUACAUCGACGAAAUAUCCGACCCACACAACAUGGGCGCAAUUAUCAGAUCCGCCUAUUUUCUCGGAGUGGACUGCGUUGUCGUCUCGGAGCGGAAUUGUGCGCCGUUGUCGCCUGUGGUGUCGAAAACGUCGUCUGGAGCUCUCGAGUUCCUGCCGAUCUACUCGUCCCAGAAGCCGCUCCGAUUUUUCGAGGAGUCGCGCUCCAACGGAUGGACUAUCAUCUCGUCUGUGGCUCUAACCAGCGGCAGCCAGUUCGGCAGCAAAACCAUCGAUGCCGACGCUCUGAAAGAACAGUUACAGAACGGGCCGUGCAUGCUUGUUGUCGGGUCGGAAGGCCAGGGCAUCAGGACGUCACUGUUGCAACGCAGCGAUUUCCUGGUCUCUCUGAAGAGCAGCAGAGCAGACUUAGACGAUUCGGUGGACUCGCUGAACGCCAGUGUCGCCACGGCAUUGUUGCUCUCGAAAUUCUACAUGUAA